AUAAAGGUGAGCACUGGUGAUUCCAGACUUAGUGGAGACGAAUUCCGACGAGUCUAGGAUUCAAAAUUUCUUGAUUCCGGUAGCAUUAAUCUUGUUCUAGGAAGAUUUAAACUUCUAAUCUUCGGAUUAAGGACCAUCUUAGACUAAGUUUUGCAGUGAACCUAGGGCAUGGGGAGAGGUCGUGGUCGGUCGAAGAAACAUGCGACUACAACGCCUCCAGCAUCGGUGAGAGUGUUCUCACCACACUCAUCUACACUGGUAGGGGCCAAUGCUCGAAAGAAGGACACGACGAAUCAGAAAGGCAAGACAUCGAGAAUGAAAAAUGCACAAGUGGAUAAGAAAGAUGUAUCUGGUUCAACCAAAGAAAACCAAAGAAGCACAUUAGAAGUCAUGGAGGAAGAGGCAAAAGAAGGGAUGGGGAAAGAAGAAGAAAUAAUGACACCAAAAUCAUGGGUGGACAUCAUUCGAGGUUUUCAAUGUGUUUGGAAGGAUGUUCUAGCGAGAUUGGAUAUGAGGAGAAGGCUAACAAAUUGGAAUGUGGAAAAAAUAUGGAUGACUAGAGAAACUAAGAAGACGGGUUGGAAGGCUAAACUUCUCAAAAUGGUCAUUGCAUAAACAAUUUAUGAGCUAUGGAGAAGUAGGAAUGAUAAGUUGUUCUCUCAAAAGGACAUGGAACCUAAUUUGAUUGAUAAAAAUAUGUAUAGUAUAGUUGUUAGAAAUAGCUUGCAUAGAGAUUUAACGAAUCAUGUUAAUGCAAUAGUCCUUAGUAUGGAUUUGUGAUUCUUUGUAACCUGUUCUUGUUUGAUAAUAAAAUGUAAUGCUUUAUUAAAAAAAA